CCUGGCUUCUCUAACCUCCAGUAGCUGGGAGAGGGACGGGAAAGAGGGAGAAGGGAGGGCGGCGGGGAGGAGAGAAGCCAAGAAGGCGGGAGAAAGGGGGAGCGCGGGGGAGAAGGGAGCCGAGGCGGAAGUCGAGGGGCCCCCCGGGUGGAAGUGACGCUACCCCCGCUGCCCAAAAUGUCGGCGCCCAGAGGGAGGUGUAAGUAAUUAAAGAGGAAAGCCGACUGACUUUCCCGGCCUCCCGGGGCCGCCUCAGGGCUCCAGAACCCCCGCUCCGUAAGAGCAAGGUGGACUCGCCCGGCUGCGGGUCUGGCCAGACCUGCCCCCGCCUCGGGCGCCCGGGGCCGCACCUUUUAGGGACAGGGGGGAGGGGCACAAAAGGCUAGCUCCGGGGCCUGGGUCCUCGCGCUGACUGGGGAGGGGGGACCCAGCCCCGCGGGUGACGGGGCGGGGAGGAGGCGGGGCUUCGUGGCGGCCGGGGCGGAGCAAUGGCUGGGAGGAGGCGGGGUGGGCGUGGUUUGGAGUGGAAGUGGGCGGGGCUGUGGUGGAAAUGGGAGGUGCUUAGGCAAAGGGGCGAGGUUUGACAAAGGGGCGUGGCUUAGUGGUAGGCGGGCCCUAGGUUGCAGGGUUCUAAUUCGGGCUGAGUGGGGUAAAGGGAUUCAGUGCGGAGGUGGGAGGAGCUUAGGGUAGGAGGGUGGAGUUUGACUAGGGGCGUGUCUUUCAGGAAGUGGUGGGCAUAGUGAGGGGGUGGGGUUUAAGAGUGUGAUUUGGGGCGUCUUCGUGGAAAUAGCAGGUCUUUAUAUUGCAGGUGAAAUGGCUUAGGAUGGGGAGGGUGUCAGCAAGGACUGAGAUGGCAAGAGAGGUAGAGUGACGGGUGGUCUUGGAAAGGAAGGGGUUUACUUAAAGGUUUAGUUUAAAGGAAAACUCGAGUGGGGUUCAGGAGGCGGAUCUUGCUGGGGAAGAGAUGAGGGACUUCAAGAGGAAACUCGGAGGAACUUUGCAGACGGUAGUAAUCAAAACAGCUUACCUCUUUUGCUGUGCGCAAGCGUCAGUAAGCCCGCGGCGCGCAUGGCCACAACAGUGCUUAGUCCUCACCACCACUCCGUGAGAGAGCGCCCACACCCGCCACUGCCCUCGCGCCGCACCACCAUGGAUGACGCCCCGCUGCCAGCGCCCCCAGUCCCUGCUCCGGCCCCGGCCCCAGCUCCGCCCGCUGCUGCUGCCCCCCGCGUCCCGUUUCACUGCAGUGAGUGUGGCAAGAGCUUCCGCUACCGCUCGGACCUGCGGCGCCACUUCGCUCGGCACACUGCGCUCAAACCCCACGCGUGUCCGCGCUGCGGCAAGGGCUUCAAGCACAGCUUCAACCUGGCCAACCACCUGCGCUCGCACACCGGCGAGCGGCCCUACCGCUGCUCCGCCUGCCCCAAGGGGUUCCGAGACUCCACCGGCCUGCUGCACCACCAGGUCGUCCACACUGGUGAGAAGCCCUACUGCUGCCUAGUCUGCGAGCUCCGCUUCUCCUCGCGCUCCAGCCUGGGCCGCCAUCUCAAGCGCCAGCACCGUGGGGUGCUCCCGUCACCCCUGCAGCCUGGCGCAGGCCUGCCCGCCCUGAGCGCUCCCUGCUCAGUCUGCUGCAACGUGGGGCCCUGCUCAGUGUGCGGGGGCGCGGGGGCCGGCGGCGGAGAGGGCCCAGAGGGGGCAGGUGCGGGCCCGGGGAGCUGGGGGCUGGCCGAGGCGGCGGCCGCUGCGGCGGCCUCGCUGCCCCCCUUUGCGUGCGGUGCCUGCGCGCGGCGCUUCGACCAGGGCCGCGAGCUGGCCGCCCACUGGGCUGCACACACCGACGUGAAGCCCUUCAAGUGCCCGCGCUGCGAGCGCGACUUCAACGCCCCUGCGCUGCUGGAGCGGCAUAAGCUGACCCACGACCUGCAGGGUCCCGGCGCACCCCCCGCGCAGGCCUGGGUCUCCGGGGCUGGCGCCGGGCCUGAGACGGCCGGCGAGGGCGGCGCUGCGGAGGCGGGCGACAAGCAGCCGGCCUGGGACGGCGGGUUGCUCCUGGGCCGCGCCGGGGGCGGCGUGCCCGAGCUGGGGGGGCUGCUCCCCGAGGGCGGCGGGGAGGCCCCUGCGCCCGCGGCCGCGGCCGAGCCGUCGGAAGACACCCUCUACCAGUGCGACUGCGGGACCUUCUUCGCGUCGGCGGCGGCGCUGGCCAGCCACCUGGAGGCGCACUCGGGCCCCGCCACCUACGGCUGCGGCCACUGCGGGGCCCUGUACGCGGCGCUGGCCGCCCUGGAGGAGCACCGGCGCACCAGCCACGGCGAGGGCGGCGGUGCCGAGGCGGCGGCUGCGCCCGCCCCGGAGGGGGACCCCGCGCCUGGAGAGCCCGCGUCCGGCUCGGGCCGCGGCAAGAAGAUCUUCGGCUGCUCCGAGUGCGAGAAGCUGUUCCGCUCGCCGCGGGACCUGGAGCGGCAUGUGCUGGUGCACACCGGGGAGAAGCCGUUCCCGUGCCUGGAGUGCGGCAAGUUUUUCCGCCACGAGUGCUACCUCAAGCGCCACCGACUGCUGCACGGCACCGAGCGGCCCUUCCCCUGCCACAUCUGCGGCAAGGGCUUCAUCACGCUCAGCAACCUCUCCAGGCACCUGAAGCUGCACCGAGGCAUGGACUGACGUGGCCAGGCCGUGCGCCCCUCCGCCCAACCACCCCUCCCAGGGGCCGGACUCAGGGCCCGGACCAGGGGGCCUAGGGACCCCGAGGGAGGCCUCCGCCCUCCAAAUCCAGACGUAGGCCCCGAGAUGAGGGGACCCUGGCUGGAGACAUGGGGCCACCAAACACCCACACGGGCCCUUGAGCUGGGGGGCAGCAAAUCAAUGGAGACGCUCCUCAGCUUGAGGGCCCCGGAGCUACGGAGAGACUCCUAGACUCGAGGCCCCUGGAAUACGUGCUGAGCAUCCCCAAACCCGAGCUGCGGGGACCGAGGAACGAGAACUGGGUCUUCACAAGCACUUCUCACCGUGAGAGCCCUCUUAAUAAGUGAUGGGCACCCUCCCCCAAAGGAAAACUGCCCCUCUCCCUGAGAGCCAUCAUUCCAACGACCUUGAUCUGGGGAAUGGGGGGGAAACAUGUCCCCGGAUUUCCCUGGGUCCCCUCCAAAUGCUACCCACCAGAGUCCCUGGUGCCCUCAAAUAAUGGAUAUAGCCGGAAUCUGCCUCCCCCGACCCCCUUUAUUCCCUAUGCGGAAAGAGGACCAGGGUAGUUGCCCCCUGCCCUCAACUCCUUCCCCAGUUAGGACUCCCUCCUCCUCUACUGCGGAAUGGAUCGACCCUAAUGAUCUUCCCCAUCCCCCAAAACUAGAAUAGGCUGGUUCAAAAUCCCCCCGCCCAGUAGGAUGGACUGAUCGAGAUACACAUACCCCCACCCCCGGCCCACUGGAAUGGGCCGGUCCAGAUGGCCGACUGCGCCCCAUCCUCCUUAGAGUGAAUACGGCAGACACUCCUCCCGUCCCUCUAGCGUGCGGGCUGGUCCACGUCAUUUCCCAUUAUGUGAAUUCAAGAGUGAGAGGUGGGGGACACCGGGGUAUCCCUCCCGCUCUGCUGUAGCACCUGUUGGUCUUUACGUCUCUGUCAGUUUGUCUCUGUGUUUUCCCCAGCCCCAAGGGGAAGGGGGAUUUGGCUAGGGGGUUUCCCCCUGUAAGCCUCGACCUCGCCCCCUCAUCCCACUCCCCAGUGUCUCCUGGACCCCAAUAAACCUUGUCCUGU